AUGACUUUCAGAAAUUUGAUCUUCCUGGACGCGGGCAGUGUUGUGAGCCCGCGGUGGUGUCUGCUGGAGGUGCUCCUCCGCUGCAGGGACUGUCCGGUGUGCCGGGUGACUUGGGAGGUUGGGCUCACUGCGCUGCUGUGGCCACUGUUGUCUUUCGGCUCAUUGAGGGGAAACACAUCCUGUGUUUGCCCCUUGGUUCCUGGGAGGCUGGUUGAGAAGACUGAGCAGCAUCUGCGGCACCUCCAGAGGGAGACACGAAGUACAGCUCUGUGCACAGUCCCACAGGAAGACGGUGGGCCUUGCCCAUCGCGGGCGCAAGGAGGGGUCCUCACCGCCGUGUCUGGUGUUCUAGGUGCCUUCCAUUUUCAGGCUCUCAGGAUUUACACGCAGGAGGAGAAGCUGGCCCACGGCUACUGCGUGUCUGAGUUCACGGUGCAGUGCGCUGGCGGGUCCGAGGAGGUGGCCAGCGAGGAGUGGGAGCCUGAAGAGGAGGCGGUGGAAGACAGCCGGAGUGAGGACAGUGAGGUUGUGGACAUGGUGUCCAGCGAGGAGCUCGAUCUCUUUAGUGAAGACGAGCCCAGUGAAGGCGGGGGCCGGGGCCUGGGCGGGCCCCCCAGGGAGGACCUGGAGUCCCUGUCCAGCGAGGGUGGGGCGAGUCUAGGGGACCUGGAGGAGAUCAUCGAGGAGUGUGAGGGGCCGCUGAGCGAGGACAGUGGGCCCAAGCUCGAGGCCCUGCUCGUGUACCCGCGAGUGUCCCGAGAGGAGGCUGGCCUGCCUACUCUGUGUACCUGGAAUAAAAAGUUCUGCUACUAGUGCCUUGAUGUGGUCCGUGGCCAGUUCCAGCAGCUGUUUUGGGGAUGACUGAAGAAACAGCAGAGGAGGGCUCCAGGAGCAUCCAGUCAGCUGUCCUACAGGCCACCCUGAACUUUGAAGACCCUGGAAACAGUGUCUUUGCCUGUGUCAGUGUCCUGGGGCUGCCCGGGAAGCUCCCCAUACUGAGUGGUGGAGACGCCAGACUUGGAGGAUGGAGGUGUGAGAUGAGGGUGUGGGCAGGGCUGCGUCCCUCUUCCAGGCCUCUCCCCGGCCUUUGGUGCCCUCGGACGGUCCUUGGCCUGCAGGUGUCAUCUUUCUGUGUCUUCGCCUCAUGCCCUCUUUCUACGUCUUGCCUCUGCCCACAUUUCCUGUUAAUCAGGACACUAGUAGUGUGGGGUCAGGGUCCACCCGAAUGAGCUCAUCCUGACCCUGUGGUCUGCAGAACCCCUGUUUCCCACAUAGGGUUGUGUUCACUGGCCCUGGGGUGGUGAAUUUCACUCCAUUUGGUGGGGGCCCAAAUUUAUCCUCCAAUGUAUGGAGGUGUCUAUACAGUUUAGAAGCAGCAGAUUUUGAAGGGGACACCUCUGAAGUCAGAUGCACUGGGAGUAGAAGUCAGGUACGGUGCAAUGCGGUGCUGUGCGGAGCGAGCUCACAGCUCUCCUGCGGGGCUGACACGGCGCGGGGCCGGGGUACCCGCCUUACUCUGGCUCAGACUGACUUGCUUGCGGCUCAUUUGAGAGAGGCAAGGAGUAAGACUUCAGAUCUACAUGAAAACGUGUCAGGUGUCCAGCUAAGGUAGUUGAAAGCACUUUUCACGCAGCUGUGAAACAACUGCAGGCCCCCGUUCAGUGCCAGGUCCUGGAGCAGGCAGCACCGACGCCCCGCUCCUCCGCCUGGUGGGUGGUUCCCUGGUGUGGGCGUGGGGGCAGGAAGGAUGCUCUCUGUGUCUGGAGAGCUUCCUGUUGGAAUGUGGAGCUGGUAUUUGAAAACAGUUCAUUUUCACGUAAGACUUUUUCAUCUGCUGGCAAACGUGGGGGGAUGUUCUGGCGAUACUCAGCUUUUCUAUGUACUUUGUAUUCUGCUGAUCACCCCUGCCCCCAGUAAGGGAGAGGAAAGGGUUUCUUGACAAGGUCUUUCUGGUGAGAGCUGGAGUGCGCCUCCCCGCGGGUGUGCCCCCUGCAGUGAGGUCUGCAGGUGUCUUCAGCUGCACCUUGCUGGCAGCAGAGCCCUCCCUGUGCUGUGGUUUGGAGGCUUGUGAUGCAGUUUGCAGGGCCACGUGGGUCAGGGUUUCCUGAGUGCCUUGCAGGGUCUGCUCGUGAUCUUUCUCGUGGAGUUGUGGUCCCUGUGGCUGAGGGCGGGUGGGGGGUGAGGCAAAGGCAUGUUGUGGCGGCCUCCUCCCACUUGGGGAGUGAAAACAGGCACAGCGCAGGGUGUGCGGGAGCAGUAGGGCGGAGGCAAGGGAGAAAGUGUCUUUGGCUGGUUGGUGUUGGGCAGAAGGGAGCCUACCAGGCAAGACACAAUGUUACCUGUAGGGUCCUUCUCUGAGGGGGCGAGGUUCUCGAGGAACCUGGGCCCUUGGUGUCUGAGAUGGGUGAUUUGGAUCCAGUGUGUGUAUUUUGGAUUGUUGACUCGGAUGGAUUUUUGCAACCUUAGAAAAUAUCGUCCCAAAGAGACCUGUGAUGUGAUUGGAAGUUACAUUUUGUAAGAAGAUAAUUGUAUGGAAAGUUGAGAGUGUGGUGAUGUGCUUGGCAGGUGUUUACUGCGUGCUUACUGUGUGCUGCCAGGUGCCGCGGUGGAGAGUGUGCUCCCGACCCUGUGCUCCCUGGGGUCCCCGUUCAGUCUAACACCAUGGCUGUGUUUUUAAUUUGCUCCCAUUUUUGUAUAUUUCAGAUCCUUUGAAAUAAAAUGUAAGAAAUAAUGUUUUAAAAAAUCUGGUUCGUCCUGAAGAAGUGUUGGGUAGCUGGGAGAUCGCCUCCCUGAGGUCUGUUUGCCCCCGGCCUUUGAAUCUCACGUGUUUUCUCUUCCCUAAGGGUCGCUCUGGUUGUGCGUGUGGUGCACUGUGAGGAGGGUCUCUCUGGUUGUGCCUGUGGUGCACUGUGAGGGUCGCUCUGGUUGUUACCUGUGGUGCACUGUGAGGGUCGCUCUGAUUGUGCGUGUGGUGCACUGUGAGGGUUGCUCUGGGUACGCCUGUGGUGCACUGUGAGGACUUUUCCUUUGUUCGACAAGUCCGUGAUGUGUUUAGAGCUUGUGUCAUGUCCAGUUUUCCCUUGUGCCUGGGCAGUCGGUGUGGGAGGCCCUGAGGAAGGGGCCAGCUGGCACCUUGGAUCAUCAGUUCUGGCCUCUCAUUGCUUGGGUUUUGUGUUCACUGGAACGUCUUCCUUCAGGACGAGGGCAGGACUGGCCAUCACCUUGGCGUUGAGCCUUGCUCGGUGCCCUUCAGACGGGCGUAGAGCAUUGGACUUGAGCUGAUGUCUCUUUAUUGCUGUGUGGUUAGUCUGUCAGAUACUGAAUUUUGGUAAAAUUCCAGAAAAUGUAUGGCUUUAAACAUUUUUUUGCACUUGGUUUUUCCUUAAGUCUUUUAAUAUAUAUGUAUGCAUGUAAACAUUUGUCACGUUUUGCGCUCAGUUUUUUCCCACAGCAUUCAGUUCAGUGUACUUUUUUUGCUGUAAAUCUGACAUUGUCACUUAGAUUGUCGGUCAGUUGAGUGUUUUGCAGAUGCCACCUUCUUGGAUUUGGUGUAAUAUCUCAGAGGAGCAGGCAGGUGUAAAAGUUGAGGGCGAGUUUGAUACAGGACACCCAGGGCGCUGAAAAGACAGGGCUCAUUUGCAGGCCGAUGCCUGUUUCCUGUGACGUUGGUGGCCCAGGACACACCGUCAUGUUACGGGGUGAAGACCUGACUAAAGAACUUGUGAAAUGACCAGUUUCUAAAAACCUGUGAGUUCUGUGUUAGGUUCUCCAGAGAAACAGAGCCAACAGGAAGUUAGGAAAUCUGUCUAAGGAAAUUCAGUGUUUAAUAAUUGGUCACUUGACUGGAGACGGACAGCUUCCUCAUUUGCAGAGCUGAUGUCCCAGUUGGAGCCCAGAGGCCGAGGCAGCUGCGCUGCAGGUUGGAAGCCGACAGGACAGGCAGGAGAAUCUCAGCCUUCUGCUCUGUUCAGCCCCACAGCCGAUUGGGCGGGUCCCUCCCACACUGGGGAGGCCAGCCUGCUCUGCUCAGUCCACUCACUCACCCAGAAGCACUUUUAGACACACUGAUAGCGGGGUACCGUGCUGCCCUUGAGGAUGACAAAAUCUGUCCAUCCUUACUACUCAACUGCCUUCUCUGAAGUGGCUUCUGAAGAAGGUGAUUUAUAUUUGUGGAAGUCUUAAUCAGCUCAGUGUAAACAAACUAAAACCAUUUAUUCGGUACUGGUGUCAGUGGACACUGGCUUCAGGUACUCUCAAAAGCCUCAUGAGCAACCUUGGAAGGUUUCGCUGCUGUGUACGAAGCUCAAGAAACAAUAACUAACAUGACAGCUGUGAUAAAAGGUGCAUGGUGGAAGGCUGCAGUGCGCCGACGUAGAUGAAGUUUCAGUGCGCGGAAGAGCGCCGGGCUCAGGAACGCGGGGUGGGGAGUAAGCCUGAAGCUGGCCAUGUGAAUGCUUUCUAAUGGUCACUUGGGAGUGAGAGAAAAUUACUUCACUGUGAGUUUGAACUGAGUUUGUAAAGUUUCUCUUAACGGGGGUGGGGGGCAUGAUGCAGGGGUGUUGGGUCUGAGUUCGGCGCUGCCGUGACAGUAAGGGAUGAGGUGCCUUAGAGAACGCUUGGAUUUUAUUUGAACAGGAUGAUGCUUUGUAGAAAUUUCCAAAAUGUGUUGGGUAAAAUUAGCACAAUCUGGGGGCUAAUUUGUGAGCAGGAGCAGCUGUCACCUGCCGCUGGCUGGGACUCUCAAACCGCCUCGGGGCUGCUGGGAUUGCGCUGUCCUUCCUCUAGCGCUUGGUUCUUUAUGGGUCCUUCAGCAAGCCGGCAGUGACCGGUUUUUCUGCAUGUUUCUUUCUCCAGGUCCAUUUCCCUGCACUUUGAGUGGCUCUCUUGUUUCUGCGAGGCCUUGUUUCUGCCUCCUCUUCCCCCGCCACCAUCCCGAGCUUUCCUUGGGACGCCCUGGCCUCACCUCGCCCUGCGUCGUCACCCGGGUCUCGGGGAACAGGUGUCCUGUCCUGGGGCUCGUCCUCCCAGACCGCUGCCUGAGUUCCGCUGCGGGUGGCACGUUGCUCAGGCCAUGUUGUCUGGAAACAUGAGCGCACCGUGAAUCUCAGUUUCUACUUGGUUUCAUGCUCCCUGUGUGCUGUUCUGUUUAAUUUUGUUCCGCUUCUCAAAUGUAUUAAUUCCCUGCUGUGGUCACUCCUGCCUUGUCUUAAGGAUAUGCCGUACGAGUUGAUAGUUUCUGUGUCCUAGGUUGCUUUUCUCUUUCCCUUCGUGCAUUGCUGUCCAUCCAUCAGGGGUCCUUGUUUUUAUUUCUGAAAGGACUCCCAUAUCCUCAAAAAAAUACAGCACUGAUAAAUAUGAAAAACAGACCCUCAGCUAUUAUUUUACGAAGUUUAUAUAGUUCAUGUGUUCAGUAAGUGUUCAUUGAUCCCCCUCCCCAAUCCCUAAAGUGUCAAGGCUAGUUUUGUUUUUAUUUCCAGGGGCAUCGUGGCGGCUUUGGUAGCUGUAUAAUGCCUGUUUGUGUUGGUUUUCUAUCAAAGAACAAUGUAAUGUCUGCCGAUUGACCUUUAGCCAAAUCUGACUUCAACUAACGUUUUCUAAAAGUUUUCGGAGACAUCAAGCUUACAGAAGAGUGAAAGGGAUUCUCGAGCACCCGCGUGGUACAGCAGGACAGCCGUUAAGUUCUGCCUCCCUUGCUGCAACAUUCUCUGUGUCACAAGUAAAUAUGUGAGGAGAAUCCAUUUUUUUUUUAUUCCUGAAUUAUUUUGGAGCAGCCCAGACUCCGUGCAGUACGACGACUUAGCUGUGAAACCAUCCUGACCUCUUAAGUGGCAUCUGCUGGGACAGUGUCUGCCAGAACAUUCAGGGAAAACCCAUAUCAAAGCAGCUCUCUGUCCGAGUCUGUGUAUUAAGUGAUGUGGAGUUUUACACGUGUAUGUACCUUGUGUUUUUUUUUAAUUUAAAUCAAUCCCCAGUGUGGUCUAGCUUUAGUUGCAUUGAACAGGUAAGUGAAACGCCGGUUGGAUGGACGUCAGCUGCUCUGUCAGCGAGCUGCGUUGCUGGACCUCGGGGGUCAGCCGUCGUUCCUGAUGGGACCGUGAUACGAGGCAUUAACCCGCUUCCCCGUGUUGCAGCUCUCCUGUGAGAAAACAGGCUUGGAUAAAGGCUUCACAGAGCACUUCUGUUU